CACCGUCACCAAGGCCGCUGGGAAGAAUGACUGUUGGAUGCCUACUUCAGCCCCCUUUCCUGGGGAGGACUUGGCUCCCCGUGCUGCUGCUGGCGGCCUCUGCUCACUGCCACUGGCCCAGCGAGCCGGCAGAAGUGGUUCGGGACUGGGAAAACCAGCUGGAGGCCUCCAUGCACUCCGUGCUCUCCGACCUCCGAGAGACUGUGCCGGCUGUGGUGGGCAUACCGGACAGCUCUGCUGUGGUGGGACGCUUCUUCAGAGUCUCCAUCCCCACGGAUUUAAUUGCUUCCAAUGGAGAAAUUGUCCAGAUCUCCGAAGCUGGGAAGGACUCCUUGCCUUCUUGGUUACACUGGAAUGUAGAGAGCAGCUCCCUGGAAGGGCUGCCCCUUGACACGGACAAGGGCGUCCACUACAUCUCGGUGACCACGCUGCAGCCCUUCCCGAACGGGAGCUACGUGCCACAGACCACAAACGUCUUCUCCGUUGAGGUCCACCAAGAAGACCACAACGAGCCUCAGUCGGUGCGAGCAGCCAUCCAAGACACCGGUGAUGCAGCGCCAUUUGUGUGUGGCUCGGAAGAGCCAGUCACUAUCCUGACUGUCAUUUUGGAUGCCGACUUAACAAAAAUGACACCAAAGCAGAGGAUUGAACUCUUAAACAGAAUGAGAAGCUUCUCGGAGGUGGAACUUCACAACAUGAAGUUGGUUCCUGUUGUAAAUAACAGACUCUUUGACAUGUCGGCCUUCAUGGCUGGACCAGGAAAUGCAAAGAAGGUGGUGGAAAACGGGGCCUUACUCUCAUGGAAACUGGGAUGUUCUCUGAGCCAAAACAGUGUCCCCAACAUCAGCAAGGUGGAGGCUCCAGCUAAGGAAGGAACCAUGUCUGCCCGCCUUGGCUACCCUGUUGUUGGCUGGCACAUUGCUAACAAGAAACCUCACCUCCCAAAGAGGAUGCGGCGGCAGAUCAAUGCCACCCCUACACCUUUGACUGCCAUUGGGCCGCCCACCACUGCCGCGCAAGAACCGCCAGCGAGGAUUGUCCCCACCCCGACAUCGCCUGCCAUCGCGCCUCCCACAGAGACAACAGCACCCCCCGUCCGGGAGCCCAUACCGCUGCCAAGGAAGCCUACGGUCACCAUCAGAACGAGAGGUCCCAUCGUCCAGACACCCACUCUGGGACCAAUCCAGCCAACCAGGGUAGCAGAAGGCACUGGCACGGCCUCCGUGCCAAUUCGCCCUACGAUGCCUGGGUACGUAGAGCCCACGGCAGUGAUCACACCACCCACAACCACCACCAAGAAACCAAGGGUCUCCACUCUGAAGCCAGCCACACCGUCCACGACAGAUUCCUCCACAGCGAUGACACGAAGGCCUACUCGAAGACCCAAAACGCCUCGUCCGACGAAGCCUCCCAGCACGACCAGAUCCCCCAUCUCCAAGCUGACAACAGCCUCUCCGCCGACCCAUGUACGCACCACUGCUAGCGGGAUCCCCCGGCCCUGGGAGCCAAACGAGCCACCCAAGCUGACAAACCACAUCGACAGGGUCGACGCAUGGGAGGGCACUUACUUUGAGGUUAAAAUACCAUCGGAUACCUUCUACGACAAGGAAGAUACCACCACUGACAAACUGCAGCUGACCUUGAAGCUGAAGGAGCAGCAGAUGAUAGAGGAGAAUUCGUGGGUGCAGUUCAACAGCACCAGCCAGCUCAUGUAUGGCAUGCCGGACCACAACCACAUCGGGAAACACGAGUACUUCAUGUACGCAACCGACAAAGGCGGGCUUUUUGCUGUGGAUGCUUUUGAAAUCCACGUCCACAAACGCCCGCAGGGGGACAAGGCUCCGGUGAAGUUCAAGGCCAGGCUGGAAGGGGACCACAAUGCGGUGGUGAACGACAUCAAUAAGAAGAUCAUGCUGGUGAAGAAGCUGGCUCUGGCAUUUGGCGACAGAAACAGCAGCACCAUCACAGUGCAGGACAUUGCCAAAGGCUCCAUCGUAGUGGAGUGGACGAACAACACGCUGCCCCUGGAGCCCUGUCCCCGGGAACAAAUCCGGACUUUGAGCAGAAAAAUUGCGGAUGACUCUGGCGGGCCGAGGCACAUCCAGUUCAUCCCCGUGACAAAGGAUGGAAGGGUGAUCUCGGAGGUGACGCCGACGGUGGCGGUGGGCAAAGACCCCGAGAAGAGCAGCGAGGACGACGUGUACCUGCACACCGUCAUCCCUGCUGUGGUGGUGGCCGCCAUCCUCCUCGUGGCCGGCAUCAUUGCCAUGAUCUGCUACCGCAAGAAGAGGAAAGGGAAGCUGACUAUCGAAGACCAGGCCACCUUCAUAAAGAAAGGCGUGCCCAUCAUCUUUGCCGACGAGCUGGACGACUCCAAGCCUCCGCCAUCCUCCAGCAUGCCCCUUAUCCUCCAGGAGGAGAAAGCCCCGCUGCCCCCCCCAGAGUACCCCAACCAGAGCAUGCCAGAGACCACACCGCUCAACCAGGACACCAUUGGGGAAUACACGCCGCUGCGGGACGAGGACCCCAACGCACC